AUGAUUCAUCUGCUGCUGCUGUUUGGAGUUCUGCUGGGAGGGUACUUCCUCCUCACUCAGACCCUCUUCAAAAAGUCCAAAUGUAAAGGAAACGCCGCCAUGGCGGGAAAGACCGCCAUCAUCACAGGAGGAAACACCGGCAUAGGUAAAGCCACGGCUCUGCACCUGGCCAGGAAAGGAGCCCGGGUGAUCCUGGCUUGCAGGAACCGGGACAAGGCAGAGGCCGCCAUCGCAGACAUCCAGCAGAAAACAGGAAGUACUGACGUCCUCUACAUGCAGUUGGACCUGGCGAGUCUCAAGUCCGUCCGCUGCUUCGCUGAAACCUUCCUGAAGUCAGAGUCCAGACUGGAUCUGCUCGUCAAUAACGCAGGUCUGGUCGCUGACGGGCGGACUGAGGAUGGUUUUGGGAUCGAGUUUGGGGUGAACCACCUGGGUCACUUCCUGUUGACCUGCCUGCUGCUGGAGCGUCUGAAGGAGGCCGGAGGAGGACGGGUGGUCACAGUGGCGUCCAUGGCUCACCGCUGGGGACACGUUGACUUUGACGUUCUGGCGAUGAACAAAGACCUGGGGACGGGCCGCUACAGCUGGCAGUUCUUCCACGCCUACUGCAACAGUAAACUGUGUAACGUUCUCUUCACCCACGAGCUCGCCAAGAGGCUGAAAGGAACCAACGUCACCUGCUACAGCGUCCACCCAGGUAUCGUCCGCACUGAGCUGUCCCGUCACGUCAGCCUGUGGCAGAAGGUCUUCAUCGACCCCGUAGCUAAGCUCCUGUUCCUGGACCCUGAGACCGGGGCCCAGACCACGCUGCACUGCUGCCUGCAGGAGGGAAUCGAACCGCUGAGCGGACGAUACUUUUCCUGCUGCGCUGAACAGGAAGUGAGUGCCCGGGCCAAAAAUGACGCCGUGGCCCUGAAACUGUGGGAGGUCAGCGAGAGGCUCUGUGGACUCUGUUAA